AAACGGAGUUAGGCUGCGGGUGAGCGCCUGCGCUCAGGGAGUGCCAACCUCCCCGUUCCUUCAGCCCCUGAGUAAUGUGGAAGAGUCAGAUCUUCAACCUCUGUAGACACCGAGCCUCUCACUGAACGCCGUUCCGCUCGUUGUGUCUAUCUAGUCCAGCCGACCUCCUUGGUGCCUCUGCGGCUGCUAGUCAGGCAAUCUGCUGGGCACUCCGAGCGCGGGGUCCUCGCGGCAUUCUCUGCUGCUUCAGCUGCGGUGCAGAGAGGACCCGGCACCGAAUCACUGAGUCGCCCAGGUGUCGGGAAAAUGAUCCACAGUCUAUUUCUCAUAAACUGCUCUGGCGACAUUUUUCUAGAAAAACACUGGAAGAGCGUUGUAAGCCAGUCAGUGUGUGACUAUUUCUUUGAAGCUCAGGAGAAAGCUGCUGAUGUUGAAAAUGUCCCACCUGUCAUUUCAACACCUCACCACUACCUCAUUAGUAUCUACCGGGAUAAGCUCUUCUUUGUGUCUGUGAUACAGACCGAAGUGCCACCUCUCUUUGUAAUUGAAUUUCUGCAUCGAGUUGCUGACACUUUUCAGGACUACUUUGGUGAGUGUUCAGAGGCUGCAAUUAAGGAUAAUGUGGUCAUAGUAUAUGAGCUCUUGGAAGAAAUGUUAGACAAUGGAUUCCCACUGGCUACUGAAUCUAACAUUUUGAAAGAACUGAUUAAACCACCAACAAUUCUACGUUCUGUCGUCAAUUCUAUUACAGGCAGUAGUAAUGUUGGGGAUACACUCCCCACUGGGCAGCUAUCCAACAUCCCAUGGCGUCGAGCAGGAGUGAAGUACACAAACAAUGAAGCCUAUUUUGAUGUAGUUGAAGAGAUAGAUGCAAUUAUAGAUAAAUCAGGAUCUACAGUCUUUGCAGAAAUUCAAGGGGUCAUUGAUGCUUGCAUUAAGCUGUCUGGAAUGCCUGAUCUCUCCCUCUCUUUCAUGAACCCAAGGCUACUAGAUGACGUCAGCUUCCACCCAUGCAUCCGAUUCAAACGCUGGGAGUCUGAAAGAGUUUUGUCAUUCAUUCCUCCAGAUGGAAAUUUCCGACUCAUAUCGUAUCGUGUCAGCUCACAAAAUCUAGUGGCAAUACCAGUGUAUGUGAAACACAGUAUCAGCUUUAAGGAAAACAGCUCUUGUGGCCGGUUUGAUAUAACAAUUGGACCGAAACAGAAUAUGGGAAAAACAAUUGAAGGAAUCACAGUGACUGUUCACAUGCCCAAAGUUGUGCUGAAUAUGAACCUGACACCAACGCAAGGCAGCUAUACAUUUGAUCCCGUGACCAAGGUACUAGCAUGGGAUGUGGGCAAAAUUACUCCACAAAAGCUCCCAAGUCUUAAAGGACUAGUAAAUUUACAGUCAGGAGCACCCAAGCCAGAAGAGAACCCAAACCUCAACAUACAGUUCAAGAUCCAGCAGCUUGCUAUUUCAGGCUUAAAAGUGAACCGCUUGGACAUGUAUGGUGAGAAGUAUAAGCCAUUUAAAGGAGUCAAAUAUGUCACAAAGGCUGGGAAGUUCCAAGUGAGGACAUGAGAAGAGGCCAAACUUGCUCAAGAUCAGUUUGUUUUUUCAAGUGUCAUUGCAAUUUAUUACUAUUAGGUACCAAGUGGGUGGGAAUAAUAUACAGCAUUUGUGUCAAGCUACCCUGCUAACAAAGUUGCUUAGUAAUUGAUGUAGGGUUCUUACGGAGCUUUAAGCUAAGGAAAGUUUUCUAAAGACUUAGCUUAUUUUGUAUCUUUUCACUUAGGAAAAGGUUUAGAUGAUUUCUUCCAUGGGGGCUACCAGCUGAAUGCUGCACAUUCUAACAGUCAAAGCAGAAGGCUACAGUGAUAUCCUCUCUCCUAAAGCAAGCCAACUGGUCUCAUCUACCAGCAGGAACUGUCUCAGUCUGUGAUGUGUCAGGUGCAGCCAAGUGUCACACCUUCUGAUCUUAGCCAUCUCAGUGUCUGUCCCAAGAGAGGAGAUUGCCCCACCCCAAGAAGUUUACAGAAAACUGCCUCUUCAAGUGUUUGCCUUACUCAGCUUUUCACUUGUGCCAUUAAGCAAGCACUGUAGCAAAAGCCACUUCCACAUGGCCCUGGCAGGGAGCACUACAGCUCCGUGCUCCAUUCUCACUGUACUUGGUAUUAUAUUUUUUAUAAAUAAGAUUUUUAUGUAAAGCUCAGAUUUUGAUUUACAAGGACCUUGCUGCAGUAAAUAUUCCAUCAAUCUUGUGCCACUAGUUCAGCUGUUAAGAUAGCACAGUCAAAUCAUUUGCAUCAAAAGGGCAAAUACUUUAUUAAGACAACGAAAGGGAACACUACUUCUGUUGUUAGCGAGUUACUGCAGGCACAGCUGUUUGUGCUUUUAAACAAAUUAAAGUAGUAAAAGAGAAAAUCAAGCAAAACCUUUGCCAUUCUCAUGUUUUAUUAAAGCUUUAUUUAAUGCCACUAACCUAAUUAGCUUGAAACCCUAGUUUAGCUAAAGAAGGAAAUCAUGAGUUUCACUAUGUUGCUCUUUUCAAUCUUUGUGUGUUUAAAUAGUUGAAUUUGCUUGUGUGCCCUUCAUUUGGGGGAGCGCCUUUCCAUACUACAUAUAUCUCCAGGCCAUUGUGAUGACACCUUCUCCAAACUCCUAUCAAAUUCGAGUGAAGCACUUAAGUGUCUUUGCCGUACUGCGUACGUGGAAGAACCAUUCACGGAAGGACAGAGUCCUCAGUAACCAUUUAUACUAAUUGGUCUUUACUCCUGAAAAGCCAGUCUGUGACUCAGGCCAUUCUGCAUCUUUCACUUGGAAAUCCUUGUUCAAUGACAAAAGAAAAUGGAGGAAGACAAAAGUGCUUGCCCUUCCUAGCUGCCUUGUCAUCCUUUGUCCCUCCUUACCAUGCUAGGUCAUGUCCUAGGCUCACUCCACGUUGGCGUGCCAACGAUGCAGCAGCAGUGCCGCCGUGGCCCCCAUCUAAUAGGGAGGCCAACUGUUGCAAAACUUCAAGUAGACUUUUCUUGAGUAACGAAUCUCAGAUUGACAAUUAUAUUUUAAGUAAAAACAUAAAAUAUUCCCUUUGACUAAGAUCUAGUUCUAGUUUUAGUAUCUUGUUCUUUUACCUCAAAAGCAAGCACAUAAGUUUUAGUUCUUCACCAUCCUUUAUCUCACGACCAUACCUAGACCGCACAGCUUCCUUCCUGUGCAUCUUCUUGUCUAAGUUUCUUGUCUCCAGGGAUUUCUGCUAAAGUAGCUAAGCAGACUGAAUUCUUUUACUGUUAAAUUGUUGUAUUUAUUAAUUUGACAGACCCUAAUAAGCCCUUUCUCUAGUUCUGGCUAUCAUGUCAAUAAAUAUAUGAGCAACCAAAUGAUUUUUAAAGUUUGAUUGUUGAUGGAAUAUUCUCAUAUUCAGGCUGUAUUAAUGCAGGCUGCACUGGAUCAGUUUCUUCUGUAUCAUAAAAUGUUACAGUUGCUUGAAGAACAUUGAAGAGGCCUCUUCCUGAAUAGAGCAUAUUUACAACCAUUCAUCUUCUGGUAACAGACCACGUGAUAAAAAUGAUCAAAGCUAUCUUCCUUACCACUUCAAUAUAGACCCAGGAAAACCCAGUAUCAAAAGAUUUUUUAAACAGAGUUCUGGGUAAGCCACCAUAUUCUCCUUUUUUCUGUUGUUCUUAAGAAAUCAUAAUCUAAGAGUAAAUAAAACAGAUACUUAUUGUCUGGGUGAGGUAGCCCCACCCCCACCCCCCAGUGGAAUUCGGCUGGUAGCCUCAUUUCCUAAAGGUGCUACAGAAGAACACUGGAAAGAUGCUGGUAAUGUUGUCCUUAAAAGCAACUGCUUAAAAAUACAACUAACUGCAGAGUCUGCGGCACACAGUUCCGGUGAACAAGGUGAACAGCAAAUAGAGGCUGCAGGGAUUUCCAAGUCUAUUCAGCAGCCGUGAACACAGGCUGCCAUCCAUUCUGUAAGUCAAUGCAAUGGAAAGUUUACCCUGUGGUAUUAUUUAACCUUUUCUUUUUCUUCUUCAGUUCUAGAAAAUUAGGCAAAAAAGCAUGUUUGUUUGUUUUUUUAUUUUAGUCAGUGUUUCCUCAAACAAGAGGAGGACUAUGUCCUCAAAGCUAGUUCUGCCUCACACCCAUAGCUAUGUACUGGGGUUGGGAACAAACAAAAGUGUCCCUCACAUUUCACAACUUCAGCUUUUUAAGGGACACUGGUGGUCUCUACUAAAAUUAGGGUGUCUCUAGCCAGGAGGUGACCUACAUUUGGCUGCUUUGCCCACUGGUAACUUGUGAUUUCUUCUCCUUCUAAUGUAUAAGAAUACAUUAGCUAGAAUUGUUGCCAAGAUUGUUCUUGAUCACGCAGACCCUCUUACGUAACUACACUAUUAUAUAACUCCUUUAUGGAUUGAAUAAAGCUGUUGGUUUCCAGACCUUGA